UUUUAUAUAUUGAAAGAAAAAUGGUGACAAAGUCAAUUAAUCAAAACUUGGACCAACUUCUCCUUAAAAGGGCUUUCUCUUACACCCAUGUUUACUUCCUUCCACAGUUUCAAUUUCCCCCCUCUUAUUAAACCCUAAUUUCGCCUAAUUAAAAAAAAAUGAAUUCUUUAUGUUCAAAGAACUGACCUUUCUUGUUUUUUUUUUUUUUUGUAAUUACAUGAAUUUUUGGUUUGUGGGUCGCACUAUUGUUAUCAAUAAUUGGGUUUUGAGGGUUUCUUGAUUGUUGUGGCGGUGAGUAAAAUCGAGGGUUUUUUUCGUUUUAUUUAUUUAUUUUUAAUUUGUUUGGUUGGUGGUUAGAAAUUGUGUUGGGAUUCACAAGAAACUGGGUUAUUGUUCACGAGAAAGGAUAUCAAGAUAAGGCUCUGUUUCUGAGUUUCAACUACUUCUGUAAUUGCUGAGUUAGAAUUGGGAUUUGUUAGCAACUAUAAAAUCCUGUAACUUGUGGGCUGUCUCUGUGUGUGUGUAAGAGAGAGAGAGAGAGAGUACUAAAUAGGUUGAAUUUGUUGUGUUCUUGAAAAAAAAGAAGAAAAUGGAACAUUCUGCAGUUGAAAUUACAAAGGAUGAGAAUGGAAUCCCGCAGGUUAUUCUUCGUAGUCCACGCGGUGCUUCAGCACGGGUUAGUCUUCACGGAGGACAAGUCCGAUCCUGGAAAAACGAACGCAACGAAGAACUAUUGUUCACGAGCAAUAAGUCAAAAUUGAAACCACCUGCUGCUGUGAGAGGAGGAAUUCCUACUUGUUUUCCACAGUUCGGAAACCGCGGGACACUCGAGCAACAUGGAUUUGCGAGGAAUCGAAUGUGGGCCGUAGAUGAAAAUCCCCCACCCUUUCAAUCCGUUGAUUCGAACAGCACAACUUUCAUUGACUUGCUUCUUACAUCAUCCGAUGAUGAUCUCAAGAUUUGGCCUCAUAGUUACGAACUCCGUCUUAGGGUGAUUUUGAGUGUGGAUGGACACCUCAGUCUGAUAUCACGGGUUCGGAAUUUUAAUUGCAAGCCUUUUAGCUUCGCAUUUGCCCACCACACGUAUUUUGCCGUCUCGGAUAUUAGUGAAGUAAGAGUAGAGGGCUUGGAAACUCUCGACUAUCUCGACAACCUUUGCAACAGAGAACGGUUUACGGAACAAGGGGACGCCUUAACAUUUGAAUCCGAGGUGGAUCGAGUUUACCUUAGUUCUUCAGACGCCGUUGCAAUAUUCGACCACGAGAAAAAGAGGACUUUCGUGAUAAGAAAGGAAGGGCUCCCGGAUAUUGUUGUUUGGAAUCCAUGGGACAAAAAAUCGAGAGCUAUAGUGGAUUUUGGUGACGAUGAGUACAAACACAUGCUAUGUGUUGAUGCAGCUGCAAUUGAGAAGCCGAUAACUCUAAAACCAGGGGAAGAAUGGACCGGAAGAGUCGAGCUAUCUGUCACGGCCUCAAUACAGUGAUUUUUAUUUUUUUUUUUCGUUCGAGAAAAAGAAGAUAAUAAAUAAAUACUAAAAUAGGAGUAAAGUAACUAACAUGGUACUGUUGUUUUGGUGGCCUUAUUUAUUGUGCCACCUCAUCAAAUAGCAUAAGAAGAAGAACAAGAAGAAGAAGAAGAGCCAAUGCAAUAAUAAUCAACAAGGCUAAUUUUGAUGCAAGUGAUUGUAGAGUGUUGUAUGAAGUAUGAGUAUUCAUAUUAUUCUUGUAAUUUUUUAUUUUUAAAUUUUGAUUUUUAAUUUUUUUUUAAUUCUUGUAAGUUGGUGUUGUCUUAAAAUUUUUGAAGGUGUAAUAUUUGUUGACACUCUUUCAGAAUAACUGCUGUUGAAUGAAAAUUGUCUAAAUUUGUUCAA